UUCCUUGCAGCACCGGCCUCAGCAGCGUCAGCAAUGGCGGAAGGAUCAGAUGCAUGCAGGUGUGGCCAAUUGAGGGCAUCAAGAAGUUCGAGACCCUAUCUUACUUGCCACCCCUCUCCACGGAGGCCCUCUUGAAGCAGGUCGACUACUUGAUCCGCUCCAAGUGGGUGCCCUGCCUCGAGUUCAGCAAGGUUGGCUUCGUCUUCCGUGAGCACAACAGCUCCCCCGGGUACUACGACGGUCGAUACUGGACAAUGUGGAAGCUGCCUAUGUUCGGGUGCACCGACGCCACACAGGUGCUCAACGAGGUGGAGGAGGUCAAGAAGGAGUACCCUGAUGCCUAUGUCCGAGUCAUCGGCUUCGACAACAUGCGCCAGGUGCAAUGCGUCAGCUUCAUUGCCUUCAGGCCACCAGGCUGCGAGGAAUCCGGCAAGGCCUAAAGUGCAAGUUGAAGUAACCGAUAUACAUGUCAUGUUAGUCACAUUUGUCGGCGGCUCUGCUUUCUCAGUUUUACUUCUCGUUCUACUCAUAUGUGAAUAUAUGAGCAUAUGUAUGUAAGCACUUACCAAUGUAGGUCAAGGAGGAUGCAUAUGAGAA